AUGGAUUUGCCCAUGUUCGAAAUCAUUUCACCAACAUCUGCGCUAGGAUUGAUGUUCAAAAUGUGUCAUCUGAUCAUGAAGUUACUUUUUUCUGCUCUCUUUUAUGCAUCCACACUGACGCCAGUCAAAAUUCCUUGGCACCAAGGCACCAGGACAAUAGUUUAUAAUUCAACACUGCAUGGAGCCUGGUCGUCUAUAUUUCCCGAAUGGACACUAAAUCCGAGAAAUAACCGCCCUCUUUUGUAUAAGAUCUUUAUUCACAAAAUUGUUCUCCCGGGUGAUGUAACAAGUUGUAAAGGUGACGCGCGCCUUGUCAUCAGUGAUGUCAAUAACGUGUCGGUGACGUAUUGUGGAUCAAUUAACAAUAUUGAAUUACGAAUACUUGCUUUGCAGUUAAGCGUUAAAAUACUUACUUCAUCUGCAUUUAAGGAAGAAAUCAUUGUAAAUAUUUCUUAUGACAUUAUUGACCCGAGUUCUCAAAGUGUUUCCCCUGUCUGCGGACGCCAAAAUGGCACAGAUCAACGAUUCUGGGCAUGUGAUCCAAAAUUCCGUGCAUCAACAUUCUCCGAAACCGUCUGCGUCCCUUCAGCUGAAAUUUGUGAUGGUAUUGAGCAGUGCCCUAACGGAGAGGAUGAGAAUUUAGCUACGUGCGCCAUACUAAAUGAGGGUACGUCAAACUGUCUCCCCUUCGCAAAAUUCUGUGAUGGGGUACCCGAUUGUCUGUCCGGUUUUGAUGAAGACAGGUGUGGAAAUACAAAUAAUAAAACUUGUCCCAACGAGACAUUUCUUUGCCAACAGGAUGCCAAAUGUCUGCCCCAAAACAAAGUAUGUGAUGGUAUUCAGGAUUGCAUAGAUUUUCACGAUGAAUCUCAAUUCUCGUGUGAAUGGAAGAAAAGCCAUUCCGACUGGAUUGAAAACGUGUGCUUGUCUUUCGGAGUUCUCUGUAACGGCUUCGUAGAUUGUUCUGACGGAUAUGACGAGAACAUUAAUUUAUUCAAUAAAUAUAUGUAUUUAGGUAUAUCACGUUCGACCCAUAGUGGAGCUUGA